AUGGCGGAGAUGGUGAGUUCAGCGAUUGCGGAGGAGACCCUAAAGCAGGUCAUUUCCCGUCUGAUUGGCGAGCAGGAAGCAGAGAAACCUGCUGCUCACGUGGAGAGGCUGGAGAUGGCGCAGCUCAAGCUGGAGGCCGCGCUGGAGACAUCUCGAAGGUGGCAGAUCAAGGACGCGUCGCUGCUGCGCUGGCGCAAGAAGCUGAAACGCGCCGCGCAGGAGUGUGACGGCACGCUGCGCGAGUGCAAGCAGCGCGCCGUGGAAGACGAAGCGAGGGAGCAGGAGCUGCGGAGCUCCUCCUUCCCCAGGCGCCUAGCCCAUGCCACCAAGUCACGCCUCGCCGGUCUCUUCAGCCGCGACGGCAGCAGCCAUGCCUCGAGAGCAGCAGUCCGAAGGUUCGAGUGGCUCGCCGACGGCGCCGGCGAGUUCCUGAGGUUCGUGGAGCUCGGUGGCACGCCGCGCCGGUACGUGCACGUCGACCCUCUCAUCGGGCACCUCCUCGCCGGCCAGGAGCUGUGGUACAGAUUUGUCCGGAGAAGCCAGUACCAUCUGUUCUGGGUGCGCCCCCUUCUCCUGGAGGACCGCGGGGUGGAGGCCAAGCUCCUCUUCAUCUACGAGGACGACGAGGCGCCGGAGAAGAACCUCUGCCUGGGUUCCAUACUACGCCUCUCCGAGAGCACGGACCUGGUCGGGACCAUCAUCAAGUGCUUGGAGCUGCUGGUCACUCCUAAUUUCAAGCCCGCGGCUGAGUCUGCUCGUAACGAGCUUGCCCAGCUGCCGACCCAGGACUUCUCCUGGGUGCCAUAUGUUGAAUCCACCCAAAAGGAACACUGGAACAGCGUCCACAGUAGCCUGACCCAGUGGUUUCGCCCAAACCCGCAGUGCUGCAACAAGCAUGAUGAGCUGCUGAACUACCCCUCCUACAGGAGCAGCAGCAGCAGCGGCGGCAGCAGCACAAUGAAACUGUCAGAUGUGGCUGAUCUUGAACCAGUCAUCGAAGUGUUCCUGCAACACCACAUCCCACUGUCUGAGUACAACCUGCACAGAAGCAAAACCGUUGAAAGUGAAAGCGCCUGUCUCAAGAACUUGCCACAUCUCAAGCUUGGGCUCCUCUUCUCCCCCCAUGGCUCCUCUGAAGACCUGGCUCCUGCCGUCGAGAGCUCGUCGACCGAGCUGAUCGACGGCACAGAGCAGAGCGGUGGUGUGCACACAAAUAUCAGCCUCGAGCAGCUGGACGAGUUCAUGCUGCCCAAGGCGAUCAACUGCCUCCACCACAAGGCCGAGGCGACGGCAUACCAGAUGUCCUGGAAGUCCAGGCAUGGCACGGCAUUCCUUCAGGUCGAGAAGACCGGCAUGCUGCCUAAGAUGGUGCCGACGAGGCGUAGCAGAGGCGCUGGAAGCAGAAGGUCGGCGAUCCAGCAAUGCCGAGACCCCAAACUGGAGAGAUGGAUACAGGUUCUCAUAGACUUCCUCAAUGUGUGGCUUGCGCACGCACCGCGUAGGCUUCAGGGCUCGAUAGUGGAAUGGGUUCAGAAGGCGAAUGAAAUGCAGCAAUCAUCACGCCCGCCGAAUUAA